AGAUGGCGAGGGGGUGGAGCAGCCAACCACAUUGAUUUCUCUAGAAAUCCUUUGCUUGCACCUCUUGGGAUUCCAUUUUGCUCAGCUAGUGUCGGUGGUGCCCACAAAGCUCUGCCUGUGGCAAGCAGUGGCGACUUCAUUAGCUACUAUGACAGUGGUAGUUUGUAUGAUACUGAGACAUUGAAGAAACGUAUGGAACAGAUCGCAGCAGCUCAGGGCCUUGGAGGUGUUUCAUUGGAAUGUGCUAGUAUGUUGAACGACAUGUUGGAUGUAUACUUGAAGAGACUGAUUAGAUCAUGUGUCAAUCUGGUGGGGUCAAGACCUACACGUGAAUUGAGAAAGCACUCUGCCCACAUGCAACAUCCUCAAACCAAGCUUGUUAAUGGUUUUACGCCAAGUAGUCACUUGCAUAUGCAGAGUAGCUCUGGGCCUACAGAAGUUUUGCAGGGCAAGUGGCAGGGGUGCUCAAUUUCUUUGCUUGAUUUCAAAGUUGCAAUGGAGCUCAAUCCCCAGCAGCUGGGUGAAGAUUGGUCAUGCUGCUGGAAAAAAUAUGUAUGCAUUCAUUUGAAGAAUGAAAGCUCAACAAAAAUUUGUUUAUCAUGAAGCGGUUAUAAGGAUAUGC